GACAGCUGAUUGGUCGGUGGCAAAUUUGAAAGUGGCAGACACAGAAGUGGCUUUCUGCGCGCGUGAGGCAAAACUACUGACAGUUUCCUCCGAUUAUAUUUUUGAAUUUCGUUGAAGAUUCCUGGACUUGAACUGUCCAGUAAGAAGAGCUUUUCAACAUGAAACCGACUCGGGGAAAGACUCCGAAAAAGACACCACGGCGUCCCCAACAAAGCAACAAGCCGAAGGACCCAGUUGAGGUUUAUUGCCGCUUGAGGCCUCCCAAUGAGGAAGACGUGUGUGCUGAGGUCCUCAGUGAUGGAGUACUCCUACUCAGGCCUUCUGAGGCUGCCAGGGUAAAUAGGAUAGGGGAGCUGAAAGAGACUCAGCACACCUUCAAGUUUGUGUUCCCCCCGGAGACGUCUCAGAAGACCCUGUUUGACGUGGUGGCCCUGCCCCUGGUGCAGGACGUCAUCCAGGGCAGGAAUGGGUUGCUGUUCACCUAUGGUAUAACAGGGUCAGGAAAGACCCACACGGUACAGGGGACACCAGCCGACCACGGUCUCCUACCCAGGUGCCUGGAUGUCAUCUUCAACAGUAUUGGAGAGCUGCAAGCCAAGAGAUGUGUGUUCAAACCUGACAAGGUGAACGGAAUGGACCUGCAGACAGAGGCAGACGCCAUGUUGGAACGGCAGAGGAAGUUACAACAGGACCUCCUGGUGCCUCCAAAGACACCCACAACUCCCCGCAGGAAUAAUGUCGGGGAUGACUGGCAGAACUUCCCCUACGUUGCUGACCCCACUAAGGUGGAUGCCGUGGAUGAAGACAAUGCGUACGCAGUCUUCGUGUCCUUCAUCGAGAUAUACAACAACUACAUCUAUGACCUACUGGAAGAGGCUCCCACAAGUAUGCCUUCAACACCCAGAGGACCAUUGAAAUAUCAGACUGAUGAUGGAAAUGGCAUAGCGCCCCAGUCUAAGAUCUUGCGUGAGGACAUGAACCACAACAUGUACGUCUACGGUGCCACAGAGGUGGAGGUGAAGAACCCCGAGGAGGCCUGCGAACAGCUCAUCAAGGGGCAGAAGCGGCGGCGAGUCGCUCACACGCAGCUGAACAUGGCGUCCAGUAGGAGCCACAGCGUGUUCCUCAUCCGAGUGGCACAGGCUCCUCUGGACCCAGAAGGGGAGGAGGUGCUUCAGGAUAAAAGCCAGGUGUGUGUGAGUCAGCUGGCCCUAGUGGACCUGGCUGGCAGUGAGAGGACCAACCGAACCAAGAACACCGGGGACAGGCUGCGGGAGGCCAGUAACAUCAACGCUUCUCUGAUGGUGCUGAGAACUUGUAUUGAGAUCCUGAGGGAAAAUCAGACGUCCAGUGCUAACAGGAUAGUGCCGUACCGGGACUCCAAGGUGACACAUCUGUUCAAGAACUUUGAAGGAGAAGGAAAAGUGCGCAUGCACGUCAUGAGGUUUGCUGAGCUGACCCAGGAGGUGGAGAUCACCAGACAGAAGGAAGUUAGGUUUGACACGGGUCUCACACCAGGCCGACGCAAAGCCAACCAAAUGUACAGAGAAGCCCUGGAGAAGUUUGAGAGAGGUGAACAAGAUGCUAACUUCAUGCUGCCAGGCAGACCAGGGUACAGUCUGGGACCUCCAUGGCCUUGUCUGGAGCUGACCUCAGCUUCUGACAGCAUCACCCUGCAGACCCUGAUACAGUACCUGGUGGACAGGGAAGCCUGUAGGAGGACUCUCUGUGACGAUCUCAGCAGAAAACGUAAGGUUUUUGGGUUAACAGUUUUCUGCUGUGUCUUACAGAAUGAAGUGUUGCGCAGAACUGCCCAGCUGUAUGAUGAAGAGAAGAAGGAGAUGGAGAGUGAGCUGAAAAGCAAAGAACACCAAAUCUCCAGUCGGACAGCGGAAUCCCGUCGUCUGCGCCAGACCAUGAAGGCUAUAGAACAAACUAAGGACGCCAAGUGGGAGAAGGAGUGUGAUCGCAGGAUGAAGCAGCAGCGCAUGGAGCUACAAAACAAGAUGUGGGUCAAGGAGGAGAAGCUUCGGCAGCUCAAGGAGAUCGUGUCUCACAAGGAUGGCAAAAGACGAGCAAAAUCCCCACCUCCCAAGCCAACGGCACCACCAGUGCGUUUGAACCAUCGCCGGUCCCGAUCUGCGUCUGGUGAUCGCUGGUUAGACCACAAACCUGUCUGUAACCUCGACACAGAGACAGUACUGCAGCCCCAUCUGAAGAAGAAGAUGACUGUGUCUGUCCCAGACGUUAAAAACAUCAAGAAGACAGACAAGUAUAUGCUGACUCAUCAAGAGGAAGACUCACAGGGAGAAAUUGAGACAAAACUGAUCAAGGGGGAUGUAUUCAAGUCCAGGGGAGGUGGACACAGUGUGCAGUUUACUGACAUAGAGGUGCUGAAACAGGAGGCACCUCCUGAGAGCAGAAAGCGAAGUGCAUCUGAGGAUAUUGCAGAGGAGCACACUGGUGACUGGACGGAUGUGGAGGAAAGGUGUGCCAUUGCUGUUGAAGGACACGAUCGCAGGGCAAGUGCCAAGCGACACAAGGUGUGAGAGGGGGCACAGUAGGUGAACACAG